UCGAAAGAGUGGCGCUGGGGCCGCCGCGGUGCAUGCCGGUCGCCGUAGUCCUGGAGGGAGUCCGUGGCUGCGCUCCGCCUCGUCCGCGAAGACGGAAGCCUGGAGAGAACCGGAGAGGAGCGGCGGCGGCGGGAGAGGCGCUGCUCUGGCGGAGAUGGGGGACUCCAAAGUGAAGGUGGCCGUGCGGGUCCGGCCCAUGAACAGGAGGGAAAUAGACCUGCAUACGAAAUGCGUGGUGGAUGUGGACGAAAACAAAGUUAUCCUUUAUCCCGUGAACAGUAACCUUUCGAAAGGAGAUGCCAGGAGCCAACCCAAGGUGUUUGCCUACGAUCACUGCUUCUGGUCUAUGGACGAAGCUGUCAAGGAAAAAUAUGCAGGCCAAGACGUUGUUUUCAAGUGCCUUGGAGAGAACAUUCUCCAGAAUGCUUUUGAAGGCUACAACGCGUGCAUCUUUGCCUAUGGACAGACCGGGUCCGGAAAGUCGUAUACCAUGAUGGGCACAGCUGACCAGCCUGGACUAAUCCCUCGCCUGUGCAGCACCCUCUUCGAAAGAGCCCAGAAAGAGGAGAACGAAGAGCAGAGUUUCAAAGUGGAGGUUUCCUACAUGGAGAUUUACAACGAGAAAGUCCGGGACCUCCUGGACCCAAAGGGGAGUCGACAGUCUUUGAAAGUAAGAGAGCACAGCGUUUAUGGACCUUACGUGGAUGGGCUUUCCAAACUGGCUGUUGCCUGUUACAAGGACAUAGAGUCUCUGAUGUCCGAAGGCAACAAAUCUCGGACGGUCGCUGCCACCAACAUGAACGAAGAGAGCAGCCGAUCCCACGCCGUCUUCAAGAUUAUCCUCACGCACACAUUGUACGAUGCAAAGUCGGGGACGUCUGGCGAGAAGGUGGGCAAGCUGAGCUUGGUCGACCUGGCAGGCAGCGAAAGAGCCACCAAGACCGGGGCUGCGGGGGACCGGCUGAAGGAAGGAAGCAACAUCAACAAGUCCCUCACGACUCUCGGGUUGGUCAUUUCUGCCCUCGCGGAUCAGGCCGCCGGGAAAAAUAAGAACAAGUUUGUCCCGUACCGCGACUCAGUGCUCACCUGGCUCCUCAAAGACAGCCUCGGCGGCAACAGCAAGACCGCUAUGGUCGCUACGGUGAGCCCCGCGGCAGAUAAUUACGACGAGACCCUUUCCACUUUGCGGUACGCCGACCGGGCCAAGAACAUCGUCAACCACGCCGUGGUGAAUGAAGACCCCAAUGCCCGGAUCAUCCGGGAACUGCGGGAGGAAGUGGAGAAACUCAGGGAACAGCUCACCAAAGCAGAGGCUAUGAAGUCUCCAGAACUGAAGGACCGCUUGGAGGAGUCUGAGAAACUUAUCCAGGAGAUGACUGUGACCUGGGAGGAGAAACUGAGGAAAACGGAGGAGAUCGCACAGGAGCGGCAGAAACAGCUCGAAAGCCUCGGCAUCUCUCUCCAGUCUUCUGGGAUCAAGGUUGGCGAUAACAAGUGCUUCCUGGUGAAUCUGAACGCGGAUCCCGCUCUCAAUGAGCUCCUGGUCUACUACUUAAAGGAGCACACAUUGAUUGGGUCAGAUAACUCCCAAGACAUCCAGCUUUGUGGCAUGGGCAUUCUGCCUGAGCACUGUAUAAUUGACAUCACCUUGGACGGUCAAGUUAUGCUGACACCCCAGAAGAAUACUAGGACCUUCGUCAAUGGCACAGCUGUGACGGGCCCCACCCAGCUGCACCACGGAGACAGGAUUCUGUGGGGAAACAAUCAUUUUUUCAGGCUGAAUUUGCCGAAAAAGAAAAAGAAGUCGGAAGCCGAGGACGACGACAAAGACAAUUCAAUGAAAGGAAGCAACAGUUCAGAGCAGCUGGAUUUGGACGGGGACAGCUCCAGCGAGGUUUCCAGCGAGAUUAACUUCAGCUACGAAUAUGCGCAGAUGGAGGUCACCAUGAAAGCUCUGGGUGGCAACGAUCCCAUGCAGUCGAUUCUGCAAAGCCUGGAGCAGCAGCACGAGGAGGAGAAGCGGACCGCGCUGGAGCGGCAGAGGCUGAUGUACGAGCACGAGCUGGAGCAGCUCCGGAGGCGCCUGUCCCCCGAGAAGCAGCACUUCCGCACCAUGGACAGGUUCUCCUGGCAUUCUCCCAAUGCUCAGCAGCGACUUCGGCAGUGGGCGGAAGAGAGGGAGGAGAUGCUCACCCACAGCCUGAGGAAGCUGAGGGAGCAGAUUAUGAAGGCCAACUUGUACGUGAGAGAAGCCAGCUUCAUCGCCGAAGAGAUGGACAAACGGACAGAGUACAAAGUCACCCUGCAGAUCCCAGCUUCCAGCCUUAAUGCAAACAGAAAGCGAGGUGCCGUCCUUAGUGAGCCGGCCAUCCAAGUUCGGAGGAAAGGGAAAGGCAAGCAGAUCUGGUCCUUGGAGAAGCUGGAGAAUCGGCUGGUCGACAUGAGGGACCUCUAUCAAGAAUGGAAGGACUGCGAGGAAGACAACCUGGUCAUGAGGUCGUACUUCCGGCGAGCGGAUCCUUUUUAUGACGAGCAGGAGAACCACAGUCUCAUCGGCGUGGCAAACGUCUUCCUCGAGUCCCUCUUUUACGAUGUGAAGCUGCAGUACGCUGUGCCCAUCAUCAAUCAGAAAGGAGAGGUGGCUGGACGCCUCCACGUCGAAGUCGUGCGAGUGAGUGGGGAGAUUGGGGAGCGCAUCGCAGGAGGCGAGGACGGCAUGGAAGGAAUUGGUGAGAACGACCUGCAGGAGCACAAGUUGGCGUGCAUGAUCAAAAUCCUUCAAGCUACUGGCUUGCCGCAGCACCUCUCCAACUUCGUCUUCUGCAAAUAUUCCUUCUGGGAUCAGCUGGAACCUGUGACGGUGGCCCCGGAAGUGGACCCCUCUCUAUCUCCCAUCAGCAAGGAGCCACGGGGCAUGGUGGUCUUCGAUCACUGCAAUGAAUUCUCCGUCAACAUCACUGAAGAUUUCAUGGAGUACCUUUCGGACGGUGCUUUGGCCAUCGAAGUUUAUGGGCACAAGGCGUGCGACCCCCGCAAAAACCCGGCGCUGUGGGAUUUGGGGAUCAUCCAGGCCAAAACGCGAAGCCUCCGAGACAGGUGGAGCGAAGUCACUCGCAAAGUGGAGCUGUGGGUUCAGAUUCUGGAGCUGAAUGAGAACGGAGAAUACUGCCCGGUGGAGGUGAUUCCGGCAAAAGAUGUACACACAGGGGGCAUCUUUCAACUCAGGCAGGGCCAGUCGCACCGAAUUCAAGUGGAAGUGAAGUCGGUGCAGGAAUCGGGCACGUUGCCUCUGAUGGAAGAGUCCAUCCUCUCGGUCGGAGUGGGCUGUGUUCAGAUCAGGCACGCCAGGUCUCCGAAAGGCCACGAGAUGCAUCAGGAAGAAGACGACGACAUGGACAGCUACCAGGACAGAGACCUGGAGAGGCUGCGUCGGAAAUGGCUGAACACGCUUACGAAACGCCAGGAGUAUUUAGAUCAGCAGCUGCAGAAACUGGUUGGGAAGCCUGACAAAACAGAAGACGACACGGACCGGGAAGCCCAACUGCUGGAGAUGAGGCUGACCCUUACGGAAGAAAGGAACGCGGUCAUGGUGCCUUCCGCUGGGAGCGGGAUUCCGGGAUCGCCUGCGGAGUGGACCCCUGUGCCAGGUAUGGAGACGCACAUCCCAGUCAUCUUCCUUGAUUUAAACGCGGAUGACUUCAGCUCUCAGGAUAACCUCGACGAGCCAGAAGCUGGCGGCUGGGACGCCACCCUGGUCGCCGAAGACGAGGACGAAUUCUUCGAGCUGCAGAUUGUGAAGCACCACGAGAGCGAGGUGAAGGCUGAAGCUUCCUGGGACUCCACAGUCCACAACUGCGCACAGCUCAGCAGAGGAACAGCCACCGAGCAGAGGGUCUUCCUGAUUGUCCGAGUGACGGUACAGCUCAGCCACCCGGCCGAGAUGCAGCUGGUCCUCCGCAAGCGGAUUUGCGUCAGCGUCUACGGCAAGCAGGGUUUUGCUCAGAGUUUCCUGAGAAGAAUGUCUUACCGAAGUUCCGUUCCUGGUUGCGGAGUCACCUUUGAAAUCGUCUCAAAUAUCCCAGAGGAUGCCCAGGGUGCAGAGGAGAGGGAGGCCCUGGCGAGAAUGGCCGCCAACGUUGAGAACGCAGCUUCAGCCGAUUCGGAAGCCCGGAUAGAGAAGUACCUUCGGAGUGUCCUGGCCGUUGAGAAUAUCCUUACCUUGGACCGGCUGCGUCAGGAGGUUGCGGUGAAGGAACAGCUAACGGGCAAAGGAAAGCUGUACCGAAAGAGCCUCAGCUCGCCCAACGUCAACCGACUCUCCGGAAGUCGCCAGGAUCUGAACCCGCCGUACAGCCUCGCAACUUACAAAAGUCGUUGGGAAAGCCAGCAAGACGUAUCACAAAGUUCAGUGCAUUCCAACAGGACCAGGUCAGGCCUCUCGGACUCUCCACAGCAGAACGGUUCUGCAGACCCAGGACUUGGUAGUCUGGCAGCAUCCUACUUGAAUCCUGUGAAGUCCUUCGUGCCUCAGAUGCCAAAGCUGCUUAAAUCCCUGUUUCCUGUACGGGAUGAAAAAAAGGGCCGGCAACUGUCUCCAUUGGCACAGCAGCCUGUCCCGAGAAUUAUGGUUCAGUCUGCCAGCGUUGAUGCCACCGCAGCAAAAGCGAAGCAGGUCUCCCAAGGGGAAGGCGCCAAGGAGCCCUUCGAGGUGGCUGCGCAGUUGACGGAGCCGGAGCAGACCCCCGAAAGGCCCCCCAAAGUGCCUCCGCAGCCGCCCACGGCCGACAUCCAGGCGCAGGACUCCCAGGACGGUCCGCCCAGCCCCCUGAGCGAGGCGUCCAGCGGCUAUUUCUCCCACAGCGUUUCCACGGCCACCCUUUCCGAGGCGCUCGCCCCGGGGAACGACACCCAGCUCCCGGCCAGCGGGCAGACGCCCACCGCGAGUGAUGCGAUGCAGCCCGCUCCGGCCGCCCAGACGGGGGUGAAACCGUGUCUCGCCUCCUCUCCCGAGCCUUGCUUCCCUCCUCUAGCGAGAGAUGACCCAGUCACCCCCGGCCUUAACAAAACGGAUCAGGCAAGAACUAAGGGUGGUGGAGACGGAAGGCACAGUGACAGCACCUCGAAGCUAAAUCCCGUGGCCUCUUCCGCAGCUCCGAGCGAGGACAGCCCUCCUUCCUCCUCCCCGUCAAAGAACGACUUGCACGCGACACAGCAGCCUAGCGCUUCCCCAGCUCGGAGCCCCCCUUUGGCAACCAAAUCUCUCCCCGACGCAGGGCUUUCCAGGUCUCCUGUUCCUGCCGAGCCAUCGCCUCAGCCCGGCAUCGCGAGCUCCCCGUUCAAAAUCCAGAGAGUCCGGACGUCGGAGCUGAGGUCCUUCUCCAGCAUGCUGGGAGGAGAGCCGGGGGGGUUCUCAAGUUCCGAGGAGGCGGGAGAGGAGAGUGAGGGGCGGAGCCUGCAAAGCCCCGCCCAGAACAAUGGCACAGCGGCCAGCACCUCCGAGGAGAAGCCGGACGCUGCGUCCGACUCGGAAGAAACCAACGAAGUCCCGGAUUGGCUGAAGGAGGGCGAAUACGUGACCGUCGGUACGAAUAAGACCGGGACCGUGAGAUACGUUGGGCCGACCGACUUCCAGGAGGGCACCUGGGUGGGAGUUGAGUUAGAUAUGCCAUCAGGCAAGAACGACGGUUCGAUCGGAGGGCGGCAAUACUUCAAGUGCAAUCCGGGCUAUGGUCUCCUCGUGAAGCCGAGCCGGGUCAAGAAAGCCACGGGGCCGGCUAGGCGGCGGAGCGCAGGGACGAGACUGCAGGGCGGGGGGACCUCCGAGCAGCGCAAGAGCGGCACCUUCUCGGGCUCAACCUCCAACCUCGCUUCCCUGACCGCCUUGGCCAAAGCUGAAAAGACCCCCAAGAACGCAGAGAACCGGAAGUCGUGGGCCAACUGAGCGGGGCGCCGUCCGGACACUGCCUUGCGAGAAUCUGACACUUCCUUGCAAGCGGCCUUACUUUGCACAACUAAACAAUGCCGGGGGGGGGCAGUCGGGGAGUUGCAGGGCCCCGGGGUGUGUGUGCAUUCGUUCUUUCCUUGGGUCGCCGGUUGAAUUCUUGCCAUGAAGGGGUAUCGGCAUGCCACUCCUGAUGCAAAUGGCGACCCUUUUUCCAUCCCUCUCUUCACCCCCUGCCAGGUGAGGUUCAAGAAAAAUCCAACCACAGUCGUGACUGCACAGAUUUCCAGCCCUCCUGCAAGAGGCAAUGUUCACAGAGCCUCUUUUUAAGGAAAUGCACUGUUUCUCGGGGCCUCAUCCUUAAACCACGGGAGACAGAAGAAGAGACUUGUGUGUCCUGGCGGAUGGCGACCUCUGAGUGCCUGCCUUGAGUAUUACUCUCUGGUAUUUUUGUCACUCUUGCCGGCAUCGCUGGGAAGGUAUCGCCCCUGGCUGCACUGGGACGUGGCUUUUUGGGGCUAGCCAGUUGGGUGGUGGGUUGUUCCCCCCCCCAAAAAAAAUUGCCUGAAUCUUUAAAAGCAAAGACACCUUACAUCUAGCUGACGAAACUGCUCUAGUGCUUUUUCUAUUUAAAGGAGAAAAUGAGACUGCGGGGAGGUCUGCUUUUCCCUGAGAUCCUGCUUGGGUUUUUAGAAUUUAUUAUUUCAGCAUGCCCUCCGGUGCUACUGUAUUUAUGAAACCAGUUUCCAGUACGGUUGGUUAAAAGUUUGGUCUCGGGGGACUUUCCUCCUUUGCGGCAUUGACGUUUAAUCAGUG